AUGGGGGGGGGGGGGGGGGGGGGGGGGGGGGAGGGGGAGGGGGGAGGUUGGGGGGGGGGGAGGGGUGGUUUGGGUUGGGGGGGGGGGGGGGGGGGGGGGGGGGGGUUUAUGUUUGGUUUUGGUGGUUUUUUGUUAAUUGAGCGUAUUGUUGGAGUGGUGUGUGGAGUGGGGGGAGGGGGGGGGGUGGGGGGGGGGGGGGGGGGGGGGGGGGGGGGGGGGGGGGGGGGUGGGGGGGGGGGGGGGGGGGGGGGGGGGGGGGGGGUUGGGGGGGGGGGGGGGGGGGGGGGGGGGGGGGGGGGGGGGGGGGGGGGGGGGGGGGGGGGGGGGGGGGGGGGGGGGGGGGGGGGGGGGGGGGGGGGGGGGGGGGGGGGGGGGGGGGGGGGGGGGGGGGGGGGGGGGGGGGGGGGGGGGGGGGGGGGGGGGGGGGGGGGGGGGGGGGGGGGUGGGGGGGGGUUGGGGUGGGAGGGGUUUUGUAAGGGGGGGUGGGGGGGGGGGGGGGGGGGGGGGGGGGGUUUGUUGGGGGGGGGGGGGGGGGGGGGGGGGGGGGGGGGGGGGGGGGGGGGGGGGGGGGGGGGGGGGGGGGGGGGGGGGGGGGGGGGGGGGGGUGGGGGGGGGGGGGGGGGGGGGGGGGAGUGUGGGGGGGUUUUGGGGUUUGGUUUGGAGUGGGGGCGGUUUGUUUUUGGUUUAGGGGGUUGGGGUGUGAGGGUUUGGGGGGGUGUUUUUUUGUUUAGAGGAUUUGGUUUUGUGGGGGUUUGGUUUGGAGGGGUGUGUUUUAUGAGGGAUGUUGUGGUUUGGGGGAGGGGGGGGGGUUAUUUUUUUUUUUGUUUGGAGGGGGGGGAUGUUUUUGAGGAGGGGGGGAGGGAGGGGGGGGGGGGGGGGUUUUUUUUAGGUGGUUUUUUUGUGGGGGGGGGGGGAGUUUUGUUUUGUUGA